AUGGUUUCGGUUUCUCGGGGCGGUGGCGGGGCCUUCCCGGGAGCUACCGACUCCCGAGGAGGGUCGCGGGCGAUGUCGGCGGCCCCCUGAAGCAGCGGCGGCGGCGGCGGGCCCGGCUGUGCAUGCCGCCCCGCAGAGCGGUACCCGCCCGGGAGGGGCGAGGCGGUGGCCGGCCUGCGGCCUCGGCAGCGUGCGUGGGGCCUGUCACUUGCCCCUAUCUCGAUGACUUUUAUCCCCGUGGAUGCCGGUAAAAAAGAAAACUGUCUACUCAAAGAGCAAAGAUGCAGAGCACUUCGAAUUACCUCUGGCUGUUGUCUGAUAUUCUAGGACAGGGAGCUACUGCAAAUGUUUUCCGGGGACGACAUAAGAAAACUGGGGAUUUAUAUGCUGUCAAAGUAUUUAACAGUAUAAGUUUCCUUCGUCCUGUGGAUGUUCAGAUGCGAGAGUUUGAAGUAUUGAAGAAACUAAAUCAUAAGAACAUUGUCAAAUUGUUUGCCAUCGAAGAAGAGACAACGAUUAGACACAAAGUACUAGUUAUGGAAUUUUGUCCAUGUGGAAGUUUAUAUACAGUCUUAGAGGAGCCGUCUAAUGCCUUUGGUUUGCCAGAGUCUGAGUUCUUAAUUGUUUUGAGAGAUGUGGUGGCUGGAAUGAAUCAUCUCCGAGAGAAUGGAAUAGUGCACCGUGACAUCAAACCAGGCAAUAUAAUGCGUGUUAUAGGUGAAGAUGGUCAGUCUGUUUAUAAACUUACAGACUUUGGUGCUGCAAGAGAACUUGAAGAUGAUGAACAAUUUGUUUCUCUCUAUGGCACAGAAGAGUAUUUACAUCCUGAUAUGUAUGAGCGAGCAGUUUUGAGGAAAGAGCAUCAGAAAAAGUACAGAGCAACAGUUGAUCUGUGGAGCAUAGGGGUGACCUUUUACCAUGCUGCAACAGGGAGUUUGCCUUUCCGACCUUUUGAAGGACCUCGUAGAAACAAGGAAGUGAUGUAUAAAAUAAUCACUGGAAAGCCUUCUGGUGCUAUUUCUGGAAUACAGAAAGCAGAAAAUGGACCAAUUGAGUGGAGUUGGGAGAUGCCUGUUUCUUGUAGUCUUUCAAAGGGUCUGCAAGUACUGCUCACACCCGUCCUUGCCAAUAUUCUUGAAGCAGACCAGGAAAAAUGCUGGGGAUUUGACCAGUUCUUUGCAGAGACGAGUGACAUACUGCACCGAAUAAUAAUUCACAUCUUUUCACUACAGCAGAUGACCUUGCACAAAGUUUAUAUUCACAGCUAUAAUACAGCUGCUAUAUUUCAUGAGUUGGUCUACAAACAGACAAAAAUACCAUCUCAGAAUCAAGAACUGAUAUAUGAAGGUCGGCGUUUAAUACUAGAGCCUGGCAGAUUGGCACAGCACUUCCCCAGAACUACUGAGGAGAAUCCUAUCUUUGUAGUAAGCAGGGAGGCUGUGAACAUUGUUGGAUUAAUCUAUGAAGAAGUAUUACUUCCUAAAGUACAUCAACGUUAUGAUUUGGAUGGGGAUGCCAGUAUGGCUAAAGCAGUAACAGGUAUUGUAUGUUAUGCCUGUAGAGUUGCCAGUUCUUUGCUACUUUACCAGGAGCUGAUGCGAAAAGGAAUACGAUGGCUAAUUGAAAUAAUCAAGGAUGAUUACAAUGAAAUGGUUCAUAAAAAGACAGAGGUUGUCAUCAGGCUGGAUUUCUGCAGCAGAAACAUUGAGAAAGCUGAGAAGAUAUAUGAGAAUUUGAUGCAGAUCAACUUGGAAGCAUCAGAAGUGGAUGAAAUUUCAGAGAUACACACAAAACUGUUGCGUCUCUCCAGCUCUCAGAGCACAAUAGAAACUAGUCUUCAAGAUAUCAAAACCAAACUUUCUCCUGGUGGUUUACUGACUGACACUUGGGCAAAUCAGGAAGGCAUGCAUCCAAAAGACAGAAAUCCAGAAAGGCUGCAGGCGCUGCUGUGUUCCAUCACAGAUAUUUAUUAUCAGUUCAAAAAAGACAAAGCAGAACGAAGGCUUCCUUAUAAUGAAGAACAAAUUCACAAGUUUGACAAGCAGAAGCUGUAUUUGCAUGCUACAAAAGCCAUAGCUCUAUUCAAAGAUGAAUGUGUCAGCAAGUAUGAUACAUUUUUGGACAAGGCUGAGGACUGGACAAGGAAAAUGCUUCACAUAAGGAAGCAGUUACUGGCUCUCACCAACCAGUGUUUUGAUAUUGAAGAAGAGGUGUCCAAAUACCAGGAUUAUAUAAAUGAGUUACAAGAUGCUCUGCCGCAGAAAAUGUUUGCAGCUUCCAGUGGGAUGAAACAUACAAUGAAUACAGUCUAUCCAAGCUCAAACACAUUAGUGGAAAUGACUCUUGGUAUGAAGAAACUAAAGGAAGAAAUGGAAGGGGUUGUUAAAGAGCUGGCUGAGAACAAUCACAUUCUGGAAAGGCAAGCAAUUGUUUUCCCUUUUUGGGCUGAUACUAGGAACAGGCUUAAUUUGGUACAUUUUGUAGAUCCAGAACUUAAACUAAGGGAUGAUUCUAUAAUCUCUUUAACUGUAAAUACAUUUUGAUCUGAGGUGUAACCAAAAAAGAAAGUAAUCGAAACAUUACUGUAAGAUCAUUCUGACACAGCAGUCGUGGCAUUUUUGUUUCAUGUUACUUACGUUUAGCUAAUAAAAAUGUCUGUUUUACAGACAGAUUAAUUCUGAAUUUAAACACAAUACUUUUGUAGCAAUCCAGUGGGGUCUUUUAACUCCUCACUUUUAGACAUUUUUAACAACUGUGAAAUUAUACCAACCUGGAUGAUUUUGCAGUUUUCAGAUUGCUUAAAUAAAGUGAAGAGGCCAGUGUAUUUCUGGUAAUCCUGAGGGCGUAUUGUCAUUACAACAUACAGACUGACUUUGCUUUUUUUCCUAUCAUGAUGAUAAAAUAUAUAAAAAUAAUGAUCUCCUGAAAGCUUCAUGGUAAAUUGGGGGUAUUGCUGAGCUUAGCUUCAAGCUGCAUUGAUUUUGUUUUGUUCCCCACCCCAAGUCCCAUACCUGGAACAUGGUAUCCUUUCUUCUAUCUUCUUUUCACACAUAGAAGUUAGAUACGAAUGUGUGUGUCUGCACGUGGCAAAAGAAAGGAAAACCCCAUAAAUAAAUCAUAGUGAAUUAAGGAUUGAUUCUAUAACCUAUUCAGUCACCUAAGAAUAUGCUAUUUUUUCAUGUUAGAUUUGGUGCUUUGACUAUGGAUGGUGGCCUGCGGAACGUGGACUGUAUCUAGCUUUCAAAGGACCUGAAGAGGACUUGUAAAUUUUUUCAAAGGGAAAAAAAUACUCUUGGGACGUUCAAAGGCAGAUAAUAAGUCUGUAUCCAUUUUUUUCCCCCUCUACAAUUGUAGUAUUAAAAAGAAUGUAAAUAUGUAUAAUAUGUAAAUAUAAAAGAAAUAUAUAUCUUUUUUUGGUCAAUGUUAGGAUAGAAUUACUGAAUUACUCUUGGCAGGGAAUUUAGCCCCUUGGAGGAUCUCUGACGAAGUCCUAAAGGCAAAAGUGUUGAUGAUGAAAUUGACAAUUGUUUGCUUUGAAUAUCGCCCUUUUUUCAAAAUGCAAUUUAGCCUUUAUUGCAAGAGGACUUGCAGAAAUCUAAACAUUAUGAAUAGUCUUUAAAGGGUGUUUUGGAUUUCCUUUAACCACCACUGUCAUUUUGGAGUCUAGCUGAAUGACUGACUGAUCAUCACAGAACAUGAUGACUGUUUUAAAUGAGAUCUUUUUCAAUAUGUGUGAAUAGGGACUAAAAGUGCAGAUACGACAGAGUGGAGACAUAUUUCUCUUUCCUUCACAGCCAAACUUUUAGUUCACUUCUACCUGAGAAAACAAAUUUACACUAUUUUCUUAAGUUCCUCUCCAUAUUUGGUGCCAUGUUGUCUGUAAUCAUUUGACUGCUCUGUAUAUGGAAGUUUUGCACUCCAGGUUGUCAGACUGAAUGUAAAAAUUCAUUUUUUAGAGUACAGUAUUUUCAGAAUUUCUCUGAAAUCUUGUUGCUCACCACAAGAGAAGUGGGUUCUUAAAAUAAAAUAGUUUUUUCAGAAUCCUGUUUGCAGGCAUAACUUUUAAAAAAGUUUAAAAAACGGUAUUAGGAGAAUUUGUGAGCAGUCAGUAGACUAGACAGCGUUGUGCUGCAGUGGUAACUGAAUAUUGGAAAAGUAAGUUACUGGUCUAGAUCUUAAAAAAGGGCGCACACCCACUGCUGACUGAUGACUGAGAUAUUAAACUUAGGUAUAUAUUUUCCAGUAUCAGUGGUUACUACUUUCGGUGCUACGUGAUUGGGUUGCAGAGAUGCAGAAUGAAUAGUCUUUAUAGGGUGUUUUGGAUUUCCUUUAACUACCAUUAUUUUGGAGUCUAGCUGAAUGACUGAUCCUCACAGAACAUGACGACUGUUUUAAAUGAAACAGUCUGCUCCAAAAUAUGUUGGAAAGAAGAAAGAGAAGAGGGAAACAAACAAAAACUUGGAAACAUCCCUUAAUUUGUGUGGAUACUACAGGUGUACUUACUUGUUUCAGACAAAGAGCAUGCAAAUAUUGCAGGACUCAUUCUUUCCUUGUGGAAACCUGGCCAUGGAUGUUCAGUGGCGUCCAACAGCACUUCUAAUUGCUAUAUUACCUCUGUGAGAAGAGCUGGACCCACUAUAUUCAGAAGUUUCCAUACUUAAUGGUAAAACAUUUUGGUAUAAAUUAAACAGCAGUUACCUGUGAUAGCAUCUAAUAGUUUCGUCAUGCUUAUUCCCUGCUUAUCUCUCCAGGUCAGAAGGCAAAACAUUUCCAAACACAUUUGCAUUGUGUUGGGCGUUUUUAGUAUUUGAAUAGAAACUUAACGAAAUUUAUAAUUGAUUCUGUCAUUGUUAAGAGGAAAUUCACUGCCUUGAUGUCUGAGACCUGCUUUCCAGUGUUCUUGGUGAGAAUCAAAUGUUAAAAGGGAAUUCAGAUGUUUUUACACUCACAUGAGCAGCUUCUUUCUUUGCAAGCUUUGUCCCCCAAAAAAUCUAGAUAUGCAAAAGGAGUGCAACAGUUUGUUACAUGUUUUUCCUUGGUUAGCUGUGGCAUUCUUAACUGUUUGUUUUUUAAAAUACUGGAAUCUUGUCUAACUGGAAUGUUUUAAUGCCUGCUUGUACAUUUGUUCAUUCACAUCCAUGGUCUCACCAAGUGUCAGUGAAACACACGCAUAAGUGUUAAAAGAAUUGGGCUCUCAAACUGUGCAUAAAUUAUACUUUUUUCCCAAUAUUAUGUCUGUAACACUGUUGUUUCAAAGGUUCUUAAUUUUGAAAGAAAUCAAGUGUUAGUUGGAAUAUAUAAUUUUCAACUUCUUUAUACUGAAGCAGUCUGAAAGUUAAUUGUAGUAACAGUAUAGUCUGUAUAUUGAAGUAUGUGCGGCAUUCUUUUACAUGGUUGAAAAUGUUUUCUGUUAUAUUUUAUGUUCAUUUUAAACAUUGCUGGUUUUAGUGUUGCUAAAUACAUCAGUUAUCUUAAUCUUGUUAAAAUUUCUUUUUCUAAAGCAAUUUUAACUAAGUAGUAGCUAAGGAACUUGCAGUAAUCAGUUCAUAAUCUACUGAUUAUAUAUAUUUUUCACAUAUAUUUUUCACAUCAAAGAGUAGCAUAUAGUACCAUCAAUUUCUGUCUCAAACUAAGUGUCCUGAUACUAUCAGUCAUGCUACUGAUUUGCCAAAAGAAGUAAUAGAAAGUAAUAUAUGAUUCUUCCUCCUGAAGCUGGUUUACUGUUUUGGGGGGGGUUAGCUUAGUAUAUUAAUUAUCUGUUACUUGAACAAACCAGUCUUCAUAUGAAUUGUGAAAAUGCAUGAGUGAAUGACUUAAUGACAUAAAUACAUCAUCAGCCACUUA